AAUAUGUUCCCUUGGUUCCAGUGUGUUAAAAUAUCGCUUAAUGUGAUGUAAAAAUUACAGUUUUUUUGAAAGAUAGAAUAAAAAAAAGCAGAGGCAUGUAAAUAAAAAAAAUUAAAUAGUGUAUGCACUGUGGGAUCUAACCUAAGAAUUUUAGGAGAAGGUUAUUUGUAUAUUUUUAGUAAGAAAACAUUUCGAGUAAUUCAUGAUCAAUAUUAACAGUAAUUAGUUAUUUAAUGACAUAGAGAAAUCGUCCUUCUCCCCCUUAAAGUCUCGAUACUGUACUGGAUAUGAAGUAACUUCACACUUGACAACGAUUAAUACUAUGCUGUGCAUUCUUAAUAAAACUUGUUAACGGAUUGAUAUCAAAAAUUGAAACUGAUAGCUUUCAAUAAAGGACUGUUGCCUUUUAUAGUUUAUUUUUUACUUUUAUUGAUAUUUAUACCAAGCUUAGGUAUUAUGUACCCAAAAGCCUAAUAUUUCCUGGUUGACAGUUUUAUUAACACGUCGGCUACCAAAUUUACUUUUAAAAAACAUUUUAUGUACUAUGUACACAUGAACCUUGUUAGAGUACCAAGAGAUUUCGAAUAAAAAAACAUAGUUUUAACUUUUAUUACACUGUGUACCUAAAAGUCGCCAGUGAUUCAUGCGGUAUGCUGGUACCUUAAGAAUAGCGCAAUAUUAGACACCUGCACAUUUAAUCCCCUUCAUUAAAUAUUCGAUGAUAAAACCAAAUAUGACAGCGUAACGGGCAGCCAAUCAAACCAAGUAUAAAAGUACACGGUAAAAUGUAUAGUAGUAAAUUGAUAUCCCGUUACGCUGUCAUUUUAUUUUUGAAGAUAACUACUCGAGUCGAUGUGCAAUAAACUGUAUAUUUCAGCCAUGCUAGUAUCACAGAAUAAAACAAUCAGAAUGGACACUGAUAACAAAUUACACGAGUAGCAUAUUAUGCCGUCCACGAAAUUAGUCGGCUAUAUUCUCGGAGGACAAAUUACUAAUCAGUGAAUUUAUAUAUAUAGAGGUAUACAUAUGGGUAAAUAGGCAUAUAGGUAUAUGUAUUUUUUCAUAUAAACAAUGAUAGUAUUUGUCCUCAGAAAACAUGGCGGGGCGUUUCGUUAAUAUCACAGAAGUGUCCGGGGCCUGCUAGUGUGCUGUGUAGUCCAUGUGAGAGAUACCCAUGAUCCUCAUGAGUCAUGGUAGCCAACGUGUAACAAACACUUUUUAUAAUAAUUAUUGUGUUGACAAACACAACUUAUUUAUAAAAACCAAAUCUUUUGAUUUAUAAGCUAUUUAAAACUAAUACUAGAUAUUUUUACAUCUACUCACCAGUCACCGGUACUUUUCUAUAUUGUUAAUUACCCACUAUUAUACGUUUACAUGAAUUAUUCAAUGUAGAUCCAUUACUCAGUGACAAAGCGUUUUUCGCUUAUAUUCGAGGCUUUAAGUUAUAAGUUUUACUGCCUAUUUUGUCAGAUCAUAUGGAUAACAUACAUUUAUACUUUAUAGAGAGGUAUAUUAACAUUAUUUUUCACAUAGCUCAUUCCAUGCCUUCUUCCCUCCCCGAAAAUAAGGCUACGUGGCAAAACAGAAGUUCCAAUUUCCGCUGCUUGUUGUUUCAUGUCAUUUAUUGAUGAAACUUCUUUUAUCUACAAUUUUUCGGUAUGCUUACCAUAAGACUACUAGUACACCAAGUAUACAAAUAUCAUGGGAGGUUAAUGUUUCAAAAUUUGGACCUACUGGAAUUUCAAGUGGUAUUGAUGUUGGUUUGUCUAAUUGGGGCCUGGAACUUAUAAACAUUUCUCUCUAUACAAUGACAAAAUCAACAGCUAUUAUAUUUGUUUUGAUAAAUGCUUUAAUUUUACGCCUGGAAAAAGCAACUGUGUCGCUGUUUUUGAUUGUGUUUUCUAUAUCUGGAGGGUUAUUUUUAUUUACCUUCAAAGCAACUGACUUUAGUACUUUGGGAUUUAUUUUGAUCUUAACUGCUUCAUUUGCAAGUGGCUUUCGCUGGACAUUAUCACAGUUUAUUAUGCAGAAAGCAGAUAUAGGAUUAAAAAGUCCGGUAGAUAUGAUAUACUUUACUCAACCAUGGAUGUUAUUGUCAGUAUUUCCUAUAUUUUUGUUUUUGGAAGGUGAUGACUUUGUAACUUGGUUUAGACAUAAUACUAAAAUUGAAUACUUCCAAAUGAGCAUACUCAUUUUAAUUGGAUCAUUUUUCGCAUUUGGUCUUGAAGUAUCGGAGUACUUUGUUGUGUACAAAACAUCUAGUCUUACACUCAGUGUUGUUGGAAUUGUAAAGGAGAUUUGUUCUUUGGUUUUGGCAGUAGAAUAUAAUGGUGAUAUCAUGACAUCGAUGAAACUUUUAGGUUUAGCACUUUGCAUGACUGGUGUUAUUUCACACGUUUGGCAUAAAUAUAAAACAAAUAGGUCAAUAGAAAGCCGUUAUGGUAUUCUUGGUAAUGAAGAUAAUAAGCAUUUAACACGCCCAGAAAGUGAGGACUACAAUGAUUCAGAUAGUUCUAAUGACUCUACUCAAGUGCUUUUUGAUGUUUUAAAUAGGCGUCAAUCUUAGCUUAUGUCGGCUGAAGCCCUGAUGUAUGUAAAAAAAGGCUGUGAAUUAUUUUUAUUUAUACAUUUAAUUCUCUCAAAUAAAAAACCUAAGUAUUAAUAAAUUAAAUUGUAUGGAUUUCAAUUAUUUUUUCGCUCUUAAGACACUACAAUUCUAUUUUAACUUCUGAUUGAGCAAAAAUAAUAAAUUCAGUAUUUUAUUUAUAUCUCUAAGUAGAAUUUGGAUUUUAUGAAAUUGCUUAUUUUUUUUUUUUGCUAUUAAUUCAAUUAAAUGCUAAACAAGAUACAAAUUUUUUACACAAAAAAUGAAUCAUUUUUUAAAUCAACCAAGUACAUUUUGAGUCCAACAUAAACAGCAUUUAAACAAUUUUUGACACUCAAGUUUUGAAUUUACCAUUAACAACCGUCAGUCUUGUGAAUUCGGGAGUAAAAAAUUUGGGUGUUAAAAUUUUUCAUAUGGGGUUUUAUGUUGGACUUGACCAGACCUCAACCUGCACUAUGUCUCUUGAAAAGUUUAAAAUCACUGUAGCACUGUGUAAUGAACUAAAACUCUUAAAAGUAAUUUUAAUAUUGUUACAAUAUUAAGUUAAUAGCCUGAUUGUGGUCUUUCUAUAAACCCUUUCAAAGAGCAUGAUAGUAAUAUGUGUUGUUGUUAUUACAUAUGCUUAUUAAAAAAAAUGUGUGUUGCCGUUUAAAAUAGUAUACCUUAUUGAGAAUUGGCAAAAUAAUACUGUAACCUAUUACAUGCAUAAAAUAACAAUUUUAUCUUUGUGUUAAUUAAGAAGUCUUAUCAAAAUGUUGUAAGAGUAGAAAAUGUAUUUAUUUCGCCUAUCCUAGGUUUCUAUAUAUUAUUGUAAUUAUCUUAAUUUACCUAGUUUAAUGUAAAAUUUUAAAUGCAUAAUUUUAAUACAAUAUAUGAACAUGAUGUAAAACAUUUUACUGGCAUGUCCUUUAAAGAGUACAUUCCUGAUAUUUAAUGUCUGUGAUAUACUUCACUAGUUGGAUAAAAAUAGUUAUUUAUUUUAUAAUUAUAUAUUAUACAAUACUUUAAAUUUAUUAAAUGAUACUCCUUCAUGUUUUUUCUUAAAUUUCUAUAAUACAAAUACAAUAGAAUUUCAUAAAAGUUUACUAUCUAUACUUUUUAAAACCCCAAGAAAUAUAAAACAUUGCCAGGUUUAUUUUAAGUCAAACGAAAUACAUUUUUUUAAAUUCGCUGGUGGAUACAAGUACAACAUCAGGGUUAAGCUUUUUUAUCUGUUACCGUUCAAUUCUUUUUUUUUUUUUUAGCUAUGAUAUAAAAAAAUUAAUGAAAUACUGUUACCAGGAUGUUUACUUACCUCUACAUUUACUUUCUCUUAGUAUUUACUAUAAAUUGACUUGGCAAAGUUUUAUUGAAUUUGGUGACCCCAUUGGUAUGGCCUCCCCUAUUCUAGUUUUAUGUGUUUUAUUUACAGUUGUUUUAUAAUAUUUUGUUCUAUAUUAUAAACUAUAAUUUUUGUUAUUGAUGUUAAAAUUAAAACAAAUUACAAUUUUAGAUAUAUUUUAGAGUACUGGUAAUAAAUUUAUCUAUAACCUAAAACUAUAUUUUUUUAUUAUUCAGAAAAUAACUUCUUUAUAUAAACAGCUUUUAAUAUUGUAAAAUGUUACUAAAUAAUUGCUAAUAUACUGUAAAUAGAUACUUUAA